AUGGAGGCAAUUUUCCAAUACUCUUCUCCUGUUGAUAUUAAGGAGUUGUCCAAGAAUGGUUACUUUUCUCAGCUUAUGCCCCGUAUAAACCACAGAGAUGACCUGGCAAAUGCCGCGACUCGGAAGCUCUUAUCAGACUGGGCAGGGAUGGUUGGAGAUGGAUGGGAAAGCGAAUCUAAUAGCUCACUGAGUGAAGUUGGCAAUUGGUGUUCACUCGUGUUCCCUGAAACAAAGCCAGAGAGGAUAGGAACCUUGACCUAUCUCACUGAUCUCGGUUUGAUACACGAUGACAAUACCGAAGCGAUGUCUUCUGAUCUAGCUAAUCAAGAGCAUAAAGUGCUCAGCGCCGCCUUGAAUGGUUCCGACAACUCAAGCAUACCUGGGGGCUCCCGGUCUCAAAAGAUUAAGAAUCUAGCAGCCCAAUUCUUGCUCGAAGCAAUGAGCAUAGAUUACGAAAAGGGUACCAGGAUGAUUAAAGCCUAUCGAAAGAAGUGGCUCGAGGUGAUGGACAGCCCACCAUCAGAUGCCUUCAACGAUAUCUCAUCUUACUUGAAGUUUCGAAUGAGCAACGGUGGCAUGGAUCCUUUUUGGGCCAUGGUCCUUUUCGGAAUGGACAUAACAUUGACAGAUGACGAGAUCAAGGCCACACAACACGUCAUGGACGCCGUAGACUGUGCGCUCGUUCUGACCAAUGACUACUACAGUUUCGACCGGGAGUACGCAGCAGUCAAAUCUAACCCUGAGGCUCGUAUAGUGAACGGGGUAUUUCUGCUCAUGCAGAAUGGCGGUAUCGAUGAGGUCGAGGCACGAUCAUCCAUACGCGAUCUGAUCGUGGAGUAUGAGUCGCAAUUCCUUGUUCGAUGGAAAGAAUACCAGGAGAAGAAUACUAACAUGUCGAUGAAUCUCCGACGCUUCAUAGAAGGAGCAGGGGCCAUCGUCGCCGGUAACCACUGGUGGUGUACAGUUUGCCCCAGGCAUCAUUCUUCUAAAACCCAAACGGCGAAGACGCCGCAAACACAUGCCGCUCCUUCUAAACCCUUACCUGCCGGUGGCCCGAAAAGAACAGACUCUGCGACAUCCAUUGAUACGGUUUCCAUCACUCCUCAACUUUCCCAAGAACCACUAGUAGAGCCUAUUGAUUAUCUCAAAUCAAUGCCAUCGAAAGGGGUUCGGAAAGCUCUCAUCGAUUCAUUGAAUGUUUGGUUCGAUGUUCCUACGAAGAAGGUGAAGAGCAUUGAAGAGAUCAUAGAUACCCUUCACCAGUCUUCAUUGAUCCUGGAUGACAUUGAAGAUAACUCUGGUAUCCGACGCGGUCUACCGUCCGUCCACACGAUAUAUGGCCAGGCCCAGGCAAUCAACAGUGCAACAUAUAUGUUUGUCCGGGCUGUGAGCCUCACCUCUUCAGGUUUAAGUCCCAAAGGACUGUCGUACCUCUUGGAAGGUCUCGAGCGUCUAUUCGUUGGCCAAAGCUGGGACUUGUAUUGGAAACACAAUCUCAUCUGCCCUUCGAAAGAGGAGUACUUGCAGAUGGCAGAUGGAAAGACGGGAAGCAUGUUCAGAAUGCUGGUUGAGCUGAUGGAAGUCGAAAGCCUCACACCCUGUCCCCCUAAGACUGACAAGCUCAUUUUCCUCCUGGGAAGAUAUUUCCAGAUUAGGGACGACUAUAUGAACCUGGUUUCAAAAGAAUACGCGGCUCAGAAGGGUACUUGUGAGGAUCUCGAAGAGGGCAAGUUUUCCUUCCCAAUCGUCGUUUGCAUCGAGGAUUGCCCUCCAUCCAAGGGCAAGAUCCUUGGUUUGUUUCGCCAGCAUGCUGCUGGUCAAAAACAGCAGCCAAUCGGGAUGGGUGACGAGUGCAAGAAUCUUAUCAUGCAGAUUCUGAAUGAUGGAGGUGCUCUUGCUACAACCAAGAGCUAUCUUUUAACAUUAGAAGAUAGCCUGAAGGAGGAGAUCAGAUGUCUGGAAGUGAAGACAGGGAAAACCAAUAGCCUGUUGACGCUUCUGAUUCAGACUCUGAGUCUCACUCAAUAG